GACACUAACAGACACUAACAGAUACUAACAGACACUAACAGACACUAACAGACACUAACAGAUACUAACAGAUACUAACAGACACUAACAGACACUAACAGACACUAACAGAUACUAAUAGAUACUAUUGCAGAUUGUGCAGAUUAAUUGAGCAGAUGUGAUGUUUGAUGAAACGGUCCUGCUGCUUCCCUGCAGGUCGACUCAACAUGGCGCUGGUUUCUGAGUUUCUGGGCCAACUGACGCUGUCGUACGGAGCGGAAGUGGAGCUCAAAUUUCCCACCGUGGUCUCGGCACGAGACUUCGACCCGGCCAAAGACGCCGCCAGGAUCGAGACGGCCGUAAAAACUAAAGGUGUAGACGAACAGACCGUCAUCGACAUCCUGACCAGACGCAGCGCAGAGCAACGCAGAGAGAUCGCCUUCGAAUAUGAACGGAUCGCCAAGAAGGAUUUGAGCGUAGCCCUGAAGGGGGCGCUGUCCGGCUCUCUGGAGGCUCUGAUGUUGGGUCUGAUGAAGAGCACGGCUCAGUACGACGCCUGUGAGCUCAAAUCCUCCAUGAAGGGACUCGGAACAGACGAGGAAACGCUCAUCGAGAUCGUCUGCUCCAGAAACAACGAAGAACUGCUGGAGAUCAAGACGGUUUACAAAGAGAUGUUUAAGAAGGAGUUGGAGAAAGAAGUAGCAGGAGACACAUCAGGGGACUUCGCUAAACUGCUGCUGGCUCUGGUUCAGACAAGGAGAGAUGAGCCGUCUAACGUGGUGGACUACGAGAAGAUUGACGAGGACGCCAGAUCGCUGUAUGAAGCCGGCGUGAAGAGGAAGGGCACCGACGUGGCCACCUGGAUCUCCAUCAUGGCUCAGAGGAGCGUCCCCCACCUGCAGAAAGUGUUCGAGCGGUAUAAGAGCUACAGUCCAUACGACAUGAAGGAGAGCAUCAGGAAGGAGGUGAAGGGAGAUCUGGAGAAGUCCUUCCUCACUCUGGUGGAGUGCUUUGAAAACAGACAGCUGUACUUCGCCAACAGACUCAAUGAAGCCAUGAAGAGUAAAGGAGCGAAGGAGAAGGUGGUGACGAGGAUCAUGGUCUCUCGCUGUGAAGUGGACCUGAUGAAGAUCCGAACAGAGUUUAAGAAGCAGCACAAAAGAUCUCUGUACCAGACCAUCGCCGAGCACACUAAAGGAGACUACCAGAAGGCUCUGCUCAGUCUGUGCGGAGGAGACGACUGAGACCUUGGCUCUGUCUGGACUGGGUUUGAAACAUCAGCUGACUGCAGAUCAUUUUUGUUUUUACUUCUCUAUUGAACAGAUCACCUCCAUCUUUGUGAAAUAAAACCUUUUCACCGUC